UUCACACCAUUCUCAAACUCCUGUCAAAACCCUACACCCUAAACCAUGGAUUCUUUUGAAACCCUUUUCAAUUACCAGUUCUCGGCAACUAAUAUGGCUGUUAGUCUCUUUGCUUUUGCUCUGUACUACUUGUUAGUAUGGAGACCAAAUACAAAAUCUUUUCUUAAGAUGAAAAAUCAGGCACCAGAACCAGCUGGAUCAUUGCCGGUCAUUGGUCAUCUCCAUCUAAUGGACCGAUCGAUCCCACACCACAGAGCUUUGGGAGCCAUGGCUGACAAAUAUGGACCAGUAUUCACUGUUCGAAUCGGUGUACACCGUGCACUAGUAGUGAGCAGUUGGGAGGGAGCAAAGGAAUGUUUUACCACCAACGACAAGAUCUUCAUUUCUCGACCACAUCAAACAAUAGGGAAAUAUAUCGGUUACGAUGAUGCGAUGUUAAGUUUCAAUUCUGAUGCACAUUAUUGGACCGAAAUUCGUAGAAUAAUGAAAACUGAACUUCUUUCCAAUAAUAGGCUCUCACUGGUAAAAAAAGUAUGGGAAUCUGAAAUCUCAACAUCAAUUAAAGAACUGUACGACGCAAAAUGGGGUGGUGAUGGAACCAAAGGAACUCAAAGAGCUCCACUUUUGGUUGAGAUGAGGCAAUGGAUUGGUGAUCUAACCCUUAAUAUGUCUUCCAGGAUGAUUGCAGGGAAGAGAUGCUUUGGUGAUGCUACCGACCGAGAAGCAGAAAAGUGUCAAAAGGGAUUGAGAGGCUUUGUUAAAGCAAUGGGUCUGAUUACUCUUGGGGACAUGAUACCGUCCCUUAGAUCGUUGGAUUUGGACGGCCAAGAAAAAGAGAUGAAGAGUGCUGGAAAGGAUCUGGACCGUAUCCUAAGUGGCUGGUUGGAAGAACACAAAAUGAAGAGAUCACGCUCAUCCUUAACAGAUGAUCAGAAGGAUUGGAUGGAUCUGAUGUUGUCAGUUGUGGAGAAAAAUUCAAAGCUACAGGGUUAUUCUGACGCAGAUACAAUCAACAAAGCUACAUGUCUGGGUCUAUUGCAGGGUGGCGGCGUUUGGACAAUGUUUGCUGUACUCUGGGCCGUUGCUUGUCUAGCAAAUAAUCCACAUGUGCUGAAGCUGAGUACUCCUACUCAUUAG